CGCCCAGGCCGCGCGGUUUCCCGAAACCAGCUGCGGCCCGGGGACCCGGCAGGGGAUUCCUCCCGGAGGAGGGGACCAGGCGGGAGAAGGCCGAGCCCCCGCGCGCCCCCCUGCGCUCCCACUCGCGCAGACUUGCACCCGGGCCUGGCCGGGCGGGGCUGGGGGCGAGAACGACCCCACGGGCUUUCCCAGGGCCGUCCGCCCGCGCACCCUCCCAGCUCCCCAGAGCCCAGUGACCCUCGCGCAGCGGGAGAACCCCAGAGGGACCCCAGGCCCUGCAGCCUGCCGUGAACCCGAGGGGCUGAAGUUCAGCCCCACCCCCGCCUCCCCUCCCCGCCUCCGCCUCCAGCUCUCAACCCACUUCUCCAGCCGGCGCCCCAGCCCUCCCGCCGCCCGCUCGCAGGUCCCGAGGAGCGCAGGUGAGGCGGCGCCCCGCUCCCGGCGGCCCCCGGGCCUCCUUCCGCACGCGCCCCGAGCUGCCUCCGCACAGUUGGAGGAGCGUAGGAGGGACCCCCACCCAGGGAUGAGACUGCAGGAAUGGGACUGCGGAGGAAGCCAGACUGUGUCCCUGACAAUGGGAACAGCCGACAGUGAUGAGAUGGCCCCGGAGGCCCCACAGCCCACCCACAUCGAUGUGCAUAUCCACCAGGAGUCUGCCCUGGCCAAGCUCCUGCUGACUUGCUGCUCUGCGCUGCGGCCCCGGGCCACUCAGGCCAGGGGCAGCAGCCGGCUGCUGGUGGCCUCGUGGGUGAUGCAGAUCGUGCUGGGGAUCUUGAGUGCAGUCCUGGGAGGAUUUUUCUACAUCCCCAACUACACCCUCCUGGUCACCUCAGGAGCUGCCAUCUGGACAGGGGCCGUGGCUGUGCUGGCUGGAGCUGCUGCCUUCAUUUACGAGAAACGGGGUGGUACAUACUGGGCCCUGCUGAGGACUCUGCUGGCGCUGGCAGCUUUCUCCACAGCCAUCGCUGCCCUCAAACUUUGGAAUGAAGAUUUCCAACACGGCUACUAUUAUUACAACAGUGCCUGCCGCGUCUCCAGCUCAAGUGACUGGUACACCGCAGCCCCCACUCAUAGUCCAGAAGAAGUCAGAAGGCUACACCUGUGUACCUCCUUCAUGGACAUGCUGAAGGCCUUGUUCAGUACCCUCCAGGCCAUGCUCUUGGGUGUCUGGAUUCUGCUGCUUCUGGCAUCCCUGGCCCCUCUGUGGCUGUACUGCUGGAGAAUGUUCCCAACCAAAGGGAAAAGAGACAAGAAGGAGAUGUUGGAAGUGAGUGGAAUCUAGCCAUGCCUCUCCUGAUUAUUAGUGCCUGGUGCUUCUGCACCAGGCGUCCCUGCAUCUGACUGCUGGAAGAAGACCCAGACUGAGGAAAAGAGACCCUUCAACAGCCCCAGUUUUCCUGCCCCCAUGACCAUGGCCACAGCCCUGCUCCAGCAGCACUUGCCCAUUCCUUACAACCCUUCCCCAUCCUGCUCCGCUUCAUGUCCCCUCCUGAGUAGUCAUGUGAUAAUAAACUCUCAUGUUAUUGUUCCCA